AUAUAGUCAACACAAUUGCAGUUAACAAAACUUGAAUUAACAAAUGCGAAUGUUUUCGGUUAUAGCCAAAACGUGUAGCUUAGUUCUAUCUUGCAGUCUAAUAAUAUGAAAGCGCUACCAAAUUCUAAGAAAAAUCACAACUGCCAAACGUUAUGAACGAAUAAAGUGAGGAUGCGUUUGGGUCAAAAUGCUCUAACUGGAUCUUUGCUAAGUAGGCAACUUUGAUAUUCCCUCUUCCUGUCCUUGCCACUUGCUCGUACAUAUACGCAGACACACACACAGCCUAUGCGUAAUGCUAUAGCUUGCACCUCGAUCGGCGUAUGAUAGAAUAUACCGGUGGCCAAUAGCAUCCUAGAUGGGCGGGGCUGUAGAUUUCUCUAUGUUCCAUGGGGCCCUUAAAGUUUGUUUGUUCGCGGAAGGCAGUGUGUGGUGAAAAACGUGUUCGCUGUCCUGAACGACGAUAAUGAAAACGAAUAUGAUUGGGAUAUUUGAGCCAUUCCGUGGACUUUGAAGACUUUGGCAUCGCGAUUAGGCACGAACCUUCGUGUGCUCACUCGACCAACAUUUUCGGCUGUAGCGAAUGGAGAAACGAAUGUGUAGCGACAGAAACGGUGUUUACCAUUACACAAGAUCUGAAUGACAACGAGCCUGAUGCAAAUCUGAAGGAGGAAUUAAACUAGACGACAUCAGUGUGGCGUGGAAAAGUAGUUCCUCUGUAAACGCAUGGAUGUUUCAUUAUUGUCGUCUGUUGUCGGUUUAGUUUAUUGAAACUUUUGUGGGUUUGUUUUUCCUUAGAUAAAUUGGAGCGACACCUCAGAGCGCAUGGGCGCAGGACUUGUGCGUUCCAGUAGUAUCAAAGAUAAGUUGGACGCAUCUCCCAGUUGGUUGCUAAGAAGGGAUAACUGUAGCCUAACUCACGCGAGUUGGAACAUCCAGCCUUUCCUCCUCACCCAACUCAUUGGGUGGGAGCUGAGAGAAAGACAAGAGUCCCCAGCAAAUCAGGAGCUAAUUGAUUAAAGAGACUUCAUUUGAAUAGGGGGCUGGCGAGGUGCCAAUCGUCUUUCAAAGAGACCCUGUAUGAUUAAUCGCAAAGCAUUAUUUAUAAUUAUAAUUAUAGCAGACCACAUGCGCGGUGGAUGGGCUCAAUUUCUGUAAUUUUGAGAAGAUUUUUUUUAGCAAUAUCUUAUUCUGCUGUGGCUGAUGUGUGAGCCAGCAUGUCACGGAGGAAACAAGCAAAGCCACAACAUUUCCAAUCGGACCCGCAUCUGGCCAUGUCCGAAUACAAUGGGAUCACGGAAUCCUGGUCGGAGACUGUGGCCUGUAAAGACUCUAAUGUUCAUGUCUGUGGCAGAUGUUGCGCAGAGUUCUUUGAACUAUCAGAUCUUGAACAACACCAGAAGAAUUGCGCUAAGAAUCAAUUAGUUCUGAUAGUCAAUGAAAAUCCAGCCUCCCCUUCUAAAACAUUCUCCCCCAGCUCCCCUCCUGAUAAUCUUGAUGAGCAGAUGAAUGACAGAGUUAAUAACACAGAUCAAGCGGAGUGCGUUGACCUCUCAGAGCAGAACACACUCGACACAGAGGAAUCCAUGGAUUUGGAGCUUUCCGGAAAUCACAGUGGCCGCAACGGCAGUAGCAGCAGCUGCUGCAGCAGCAGCAGCAGUAGCAGCAGCUCUGUCAGUAACAGCAACGGCAACAACAACAACUCUGAUUCCGCUGUAGGGAUCUCAGCCAUUUCAACGUCUCUACCUCAGCUUGGUAACCUGACUGACCUGAGUGGCUUCUCAAUGAUCAACAGUAACGUCAUCAUUGAAAAUCUACAAAGCACUAAGGUGGCUGUGGCCCAGUUCUCCCAAGAGACUCGCUCCACAGGGAGCAGCAAAGUGGCAGUCCCGGCCCUAAUGGAGCAGCUCCUGGCCCUGCAGCAGCAGCAAAUCCAUCAGCUUCGGCUCAUUGAACAGAUCCGUCACCAGAUCUUACUGCUGGCCUCUCAAAAUCCUGAAGUGCCAGUGUCCUCUAGCUCCACCCAAGGUACACUGAGGACAUCAGCUAACCCGCUGACAACUCUCAGCUCACAUCUUUCCCAGCAGCUCGCUGCGGCUGCGGGAUUGGCACAGAGUCUCGCGAGCCAGUCUGCCAGCAUCAGCAGCCUGAGGCAGCUGACUGCAGCCGCCCAGCUACCUCUGAUAAACCCCGGAAAUGGCAUUGCACCGUCGGUCACUGAAUCAUCUCGGAGCAUUGAUGCCCUGCCCUCUGACAAGCGGCCCUCUCAUGUAGGUGACCUUCAACCGCAGCUCGGAGGCUCGUCCCUUGUGAAAAUGUCAGCACCAGCUUUUGGGAUCAGUAGUUUGCUGCACUCUGUAGCUAACCCCCUCCUACCUCAGCCCCCUUCAGGCAACUCCAUGUUUUCAAACACAUUGCCCAGUGUCGGCACAACUGUGGAAGAUCUGAAUCCCUUGGCUGCUCUGGCCCAGCAGAGGAAAAACAAGCCAACUCACAUCACCCAUUUCGAACCUAAAAGCAGUUCAGAGGAUGCUUUCUUCAAACAUAAGUGCAGGUUUUGUGCCAAGGUGUUUGGAAGUGAUAGCGCCUUGCAAAUCCACCUGCGAUCGCACACUGGGGAGAGGCCAUACAAAUGCAACAUCUGUGGGAACCGUUUUUCCACUCGUGGGAAUCUUAAAGUCCAUUUCCAACGGCACAAAGAAAAAUAUCCUCACAUCCAGAUGAAUCCAUACCCUGUCCCAGAGCAUUUGGAUAAUAUACCAACCAGCACUGGCAUUCCAUAUGGCAUGUCUAUGCCACCAGAGAAGCCGGUUACUAGUUGGUUGGAUAGCAAGCCAGUUCUUUCCACCAUGACUUCUUCAGUGGGCAUGUUGCUGCCUCCAACUAUCCCCAGCCUGCCUCCUUUCAUUAAAAAGGAGGAAAACCACUCAACUGCGAUAACCAGCCCUUCUGGUUCUGUUAAAAGUGACUCAGGUACAGCAGAGCCAGCUGUAAAAUGUAAUGAGGCUAUAUCGGAAGAAGAGGAUGGCGGCACCCUGCCUAUUUCAAAUGGCAAAACUGAGGAGAGCAACCAACUGUUGAACGAUUUUACAAGUUCUAGCUCGGCCAGGGAGAGCACCACUGACUAUGCUUUCAGUAACAGCCCUACCAUGACCACCAAUCCACUCAUGCCCCUCAUGUCAGAGCAGUUCAAGGCUAAGUUUCCCUUUGGAGGCCUCCUUGAUCCACUGCAAGCAUCAGAGACCUCCAAGCUACAGCAGCUGGUGGAAAACAUUGACAAGAAAGUGACCGACCCAAACAAAUGCGUCAUCUGCCACCGGGUACUCAGCUGCCACAGCGCCCUGAAAAUGCACUACCGCACGCACACUGGGGAGAGGCCCUUCAAGUGCAAAGUGUGCGGACGAGCAUUUACCACCAAAGGGAACCUCAAAACGCACUACAGUGUCCACCGUGCUAUGCCUCCGCUGAGGGUACAGCACUCUUGCCCCAUCUGCCAGAAAAAGUUUACCAAUGCUGUGGUUCUCCAGCAGCACAUCAGGAUGCACAUGGGUGGGCAGAUUCCGAACACGCCCCUCCCAGACAGUUAUCCAGAGUCCAUGGGGUCUGAUGCUGGCUCGUUCGAUGAGGGGAACUUUGAUGACCUGGAGAACUUUUCUGAUGAGAACAUGGAGUGUAUGGAGGACUUUCCAGACAGCAGCAUCCCAGAUACCCCCAGGUCUGUUGAUGCUUCCCAGGACAGUAUGUGUUCCUCCCCAACACCUGCAGAGAUGAUGGGGGUGCCUGGUUCAGACAGCCUGGGGAAGAUGGCUAACCAGGGGCUAGCAGAGGAGCUGCAGGCAAGCAGGCUGAAGAAUGGAUCCAUGGAGGGGGAUCACCUCACUAAUGACUCCUCAUCCUUUGGGGGGGACAUUGAGAGCCAAAGCACAGGAAGUCCAGCUAUCUCAGAAACUACCUCUUCUGUGCGAGCCCCCUCCCCCUCCAGCAGUAUGCCGGGGCCCCACAAGUCUCCUAACUUUGAUGACAGGCAGCAGAGGGCUUUCUCGCUGGACCACUUCAGUGCCGGCCUCAUGCAGCCAUCUUCUGUCAGCUCUGGAGCUGUAGACCUGACAUCUUGUAACCCCUCAAAAGACCCUCUGGGCAUGCUGUUCCAUCUCCGUGAUCGGGGAACCUUCAAGAACACAGCAUGUGAUAUCUGUGGCAAAACGUUUGCCUGUCAGAGUGCCUUGGACAUUCAUUACCGAAGCCAUACCAAAGAACGACCAUUUAUUUGCACUGCCUGUAACCGGGGCUUUUCAACUAAGGGCAACCUUAAACAGCACAUGCUCACCCACCAGAUGCGAGACCUGCCCUCGCAGCUCUUUGAGCCAUCAAAUUCCAGCCUGGCUUCCAGCCCUAGCCCGUCACUUUUGUCAGUGAGCUCUCUGUCCUCUAUAGUAAAGACUGAGUCCAAUGGCUUCCUGCCUGGCUCCUACCAGGACUACAAGGACCCCACCCUGGCAACCUCUACAACUACUGCUCCAUCGGUAGCCUCCGCAGCCCCCCUGCGAAGGACGCACAAGCAGCACUACUGCAACACGUGCGGAAAGACUUUUUCAUCGUCAAGUGCCCUGCAGAUCCAUGAGAGGACCCACACUGGCGAGAAACCCUUCUCUUGUACUAUCUGCGGCCGAGCAUUCACCACCAAAGGCAAUCUUAAGGUCCACAUGGGAACACACAUGUGGAACAGUGUCCCGGCCAGACGGGGCCGCAGACUGUCUGUAGACGGCCCCAUGGCUUUCCUGGGCACCAACACCAUCAAAUUCCCCGAGAUCUUCCAGAAGGACUUGGCGGCCCGAAUGGGCAAUGGGGACCCAGCAAGCUUCUGGAACCAGUACGCAGCUGCAUUCUCCAAUGGCCUGGCCAUGAAGACCAAUGAGAUCUCAGUCAUCCAGAAUGGGGGACUCCCCCCGCUGUCCGGAAGCAUCGGGAAUGGGGGCAGCUCGCCAGUAGGCGGCCUGACAGGCAGCCUUGAGAAGCUGCACAGCACAGAACCCAAUGCCUCCCUGGCCAGGCUGGAGAGCAUGGCCAACACAGAGAAUGAGACUCACUUCCGCUUCACACGAUUCAUGGAGGACAACAAAGAAAUUGUUACCAAUUAGCAGUCACCCCAACACAAACAUGAAGGAGUGGGGAAAGGAGUUGAAGCUCUGGCUCCCUUUUUAAACUUUACAGAUUAAAAAAGUUAACUUUUUUUGAAGAUGCCUUUUUGUACAAUGUACAAUGUUAUAGUUUUAUGGAGUUUAUUUAUUAGUGAUGAUGUCCUUGCUUGAAAUCAAAUGGAAACAUUAACAUUUUGUUUAGUUUUCAGUUCUGGCCAGAAUGGACUCGUAUGGGUGCUUGAAAAGGUGCUCCUGGGACGUGGCAUUUGCAACCAUUUCUGGGCAGAUUACUUUACCUUGACAUUAAAUUAUUUUAUAUUUGUAGUCCAUAUAACAUAGUCAUUGCCAUCCAAGUAAUGCAUUAGAUCUUUAAUAAAUCAAUGAAAAAGGCUGUAAAACAUAUGCAGUUCUGUGCUAGAUGCCCACCAACUGUAUAUUAUCAUUUCUAACCAAUGGUAAGAUAUUGACACAGCAGAUAUCUUUACUGAUUUUCACUAUUUUUUUUGUUUGUUUUUGUUAACUGCUAUUUCACUCAUUUUGUAAAAUUAAUGUUUUGCUCUGAACUGUAUUUUCUAUUGUGCUUAUGUUCUUUUGUAUUUUGUCUUUCAUUUGUUUAUCGGCGCUGAAAACAACAGUUUAAAGUUAAUGUGCUGGAUUUCCACAUUGCUGCUAUGUCUGGCGUCUUUGUUGACAUCAUAUGCAAAAUAUGUUUAGAUGCUUGUGUAAAUAAUGUCAGGUGUGGAAUAAUGAAAUUAUUUCAACAAAUGCAUAUAUAUUCCUCACUAGACCAGAGUUCAUCCUGACCAGUGGACAAUUAAAUAGUGUUUUUUUUUAUAAAUAUAUAAAUAUAUAUAAUGUUUGCAAAUAUUUGGACUGUUACAUGCACUUUCUUGGAAAGUUGAAAGAUCUUUAUGAGUCCUGUUUCUUUACAGUUUAAUACGUACUAACUACUACAAUACUGUCAUUCUUUACUCUAAUAAUCAAAUACAUCAUUUUUCCAAAAGACAAUGCAUUAUGUGUUACUUUCAUUUUUUGUUUGUGAUAUUUAUAUGAAUGCAUUUGGUAUGGAAACACAUGACCAUCAGUUUGUGAGGACAAAGUGGUUUGUCAAAACUGGUUUGUCAAGGUACUGUGCUAAAUGUUUUGAGUUGCAGUUGAUUAUCGAAGCGAAAUCCCAGAUAGUACAAGAGCUCUAAUGAAAUGUUUGCUAUGAUAAUGCUACACAAUUCUGAGCAAUCACCUUGAUUGUGUGAUUGGCCCUGGUCAUUAAAAACCUUCUGAUGGCUGAGGUCAAA